CUUCAACAUCGCCGUUAACUGCACAGGAGUGGUAUUCUUGACCUGAUCUCCAGGAUCAUGAGCACUUUCGGAGGCCCAGGUGGCCGCCAGAUCAUCUCCAAACCCGUGCCUCCGGAGCGGGGGUCCUUCCCACUGGACCACGAUGCCGAGUGCCAGCCGUUGAUGAAAGAAUACCUCAAAUGUCUUCGAAGCACCCGCGGAGUCAACGAGGAUGCCUGCCGCGAGUUGAGCAAGAAGUAUCUGCAAUGCCGCAUGGACAGGAAUUUGAUGGCGCCAGAUUCGAUGAAGAAUCUGGGCUACCAGGAUCUGGAUAAGACGCCGGCGACAGUCGACAAGCCUGAGUCGAGUGUGAAUGCAGGCAAAGGAAGAUAAGGCCGUGCAGAGACAACUGCCCUACGCACAGAUGGACAUCGACCCCAGACAUCCGGCGAACCCAGCAUUUCCACGGCCAUGGAUACAUCUCACCAGCGAUGCCACGCGCCGAGAGCGAGCUAGAUGUUCCAGACGGCUGCUUUCGAGCUCCAAACUCAAGGCGAGAUCUUGCAUUGGGAAGCCCUCCUCAACUGGGAACGCUAGCGGAUGCAGCAGGGCGGGAAGGUGGAAGCGCUUAACCGGCAGCACACGUAAAAUCAGUGCGUAUUGCAGUCCAAAAGCUACAUGCAAACGAUCGACUA